ACCAGAUUGUAAUUAAACCUGAGCUAGGUCGGUUAUGCUUUUUAAAGAUAUCACAGGUAGAUCUCAUUCAGCGUACGGUAGGUAUAGGCCUACUUAAACAGAAAGAAAAUGAAGUUUGACGAGAUUUUGCAAUAUCUUGGAGAGUUUGGUUUUUACCAGAAAAGAAUAUAUUUCUUGAUCUGCUUCUUGGCCACGACAACGAUGUUUCAGCCAGUUGCUCAGGUGUUUUUAACACCUGCAACAGACCAUUGGUGUUCGACACCUCAGCUUGAACGGCAAGAGUGCACUGAAUGGGCAGACGGAACAAUUGACACGGAAACAUGCAAUGAGUUAAAGUAUAAUGCAACCAUUCCUGAAAAUGAUGAGGAGACGAUAUUACCGGAGAAUAACUGUAGAAGGUGCGAUAUAACGUAUUCUGAAUUCAAUAUGGACACUAAACGCUGUGAACUCUCCGAUCCAAAUAUACAGAAGUGUGAUGACGGCUGGGAGUAUGAUCACAGUCAGUACAAGUCCACUGUCAUUCAAGAUUUUAAUCUCGUGUGCGAUGAUGGAACCAAAGCCUCGCUAGCUCAGUCGAUUUAUUUUUUUGGUGUUUUGAUUGGUUCUUUCCUGUUUGGAGCUCUGGCCGAUAUUAUAGGUCGUAAGAAAACAAUGUUCCUUUGCCUGUUUAUUGCCUUUGUGUUCGGUAUAGCAGUAGCGUUUUCACCCGGGUACUGGUGGUUUACUAUGUUCAGGUUCAUUGUUGGUUUUGCUAACAUUGGAACCUAUCUUGCAGCAUUCACUAUCGCAACUGAGCUUGUAGGGCCUUCAAAGCGCACGUUUGUGGGAAUGGUGAUAAAUUUCUACACGUCAGCAGGUCUCAUCAUUUACGGUCUUCUUGCAUAUCUCAUCAGAGACUGGAGAUAUUUACAACUUGCAAUAACACUACCAAAUAUGUUUUUCUUCUUUAUAAUCCCUAUUGUUCCCGAGUCUGUCCGAUGGUUGAUGUCACAGAAAAAAUUUGAUGAAGCAGAAGACCUUAUCAAGGAAUGCGCCAGGGUCAAUAAGGCAGAAAGUCUUCCAGAAAAAUUGUUUGAAGAAGAAAUGAUGGUAGACCCAAGCAAGGGGACCACAUACACCGUGGCGGACCUAUUCAAAACUCCGAAUUUGAGGAAGAAAACAAUAAAUAUACUUUAUAACUGGAUGGUGAAUAGUCUUGUGUAUUAUGGACUCUCGUUGAGCACAGCUAGUCUUGGGGGCAGAGAUUACCUUGCAUUUAUUCUUUCUGGUGUUGUUGAAAUACCUGCAUUCAUAGUAGCUAUACCUGCAAUAGAUAAGUUCGGUCGCCGCCCUGUACUUUGUCUAUUUAUGGUAAUGGGUGGCAUUGCCUGUUUUGCAACAGUUUGGAUCCCUCUUGGUUGGGGUAGGACGUUUGUGGCGUUGAUCGGUAAAUUUGGCAUUGCUGGCUCGUUUGGCAUUAUCUAUGUGUUUUCUGCCGAACUUUAUCCAACUCCAGUACGGAGUGUUGGUAUGGGUAUAUCCUCCAUGACGGCUCGCGUUGGAGGCAUAAUUGCACCCAUUAUCCUUGAGCUUGGCAAGAUUUGGCCGCCUUUACCACAGACAAUAUUCAGCAUAAUGUCAGUAUCUGCCGGAUUCCUGGCAUUACUACUUCCCGAAACCCUCAACAAAAACCUACCGGAGACCAUAGAAGAUGGAGAAAAUUUUGGAAAGAAAAAACCAAUCCAUAAAAUGAAAAACAAAUCUGAUGUAGAAAAAGAGAAUUUCAGUUGUCAAACAGAAAUGGAAAGUAGUUUCACGAAUAAAGCGUUACAGUUAUAGAGUAGCAGUUUCAAUAAAAAAAAAAAAAAAAAAAAUGUACAUAAAAUAAGUCUAUGUGAUAUAAUAUGUAAACAAAAUUUCUACUUUUUUUUUAACGUAAUCAAACUCGGUGCCGUAUGAGAAUUCCCUUUAUCAUGAUAUUGUGUACCAUAUUUUGUAAUUCUGUUAUAUUGGACAAUGUUUUACCAUUGUUGUAAUCAAUUUAUUUCAUGGUUUACAUACUUUGAAUAACCAUUGUUACGCCUGACCGCCAUACCUAAUGAUAACGUGUUGUUAUUGUUAUUUUCGGAACGGAAAAUAAAAAUAAUAGGCCAAUUGCUAUAUUGAUACUUCAAUUUUCGUGACAGAGAUGUUGAUAAUUUACUAAUAAUCACACUGUACCAAAAUUAUUAAACUCUCGGUACACCAUCUGUAAAAAUUAUGGGUUUUGAGGUAAAACCACUGGUUGACUGUUUGAGGUAAAAACCACAGGUUGGUUGACUCAAGACACAACUAACCAGUAGUUUUACCUCAAAAACCAUUAUUACAUAUGGUUUACCGAAAGUUCAAUGAUUUUGUUACUGAUACUCACCAUACAAACCCUCAAGAAAUAUCUUAAAACAUAAUGUACUAAUGUAACAAUGUAAUAUAAUUAAUAUGUUUUUUAAGUUUGUUUAAAAUUUGCAGAUAUAUAUUGGUAUUGACUGAGAUUGUAAAAUGUGAAUAAAUACUAUGAAACUGUAAA